AAGGUAAUCUGCACUCCUCACUGGCAUGCUAAGAAGAGCAACUGCAAAUGUGACUGUGAAUUGUUGGAAAGGAAACAUUGUAAAACUUGAUCAUAAGGUAAUGGUAUCUACCGAUAUGAACUAGUAACCAUUUUUACAUAUUCUCUUGGUGCUUUCAAGACAACUGGGAACUCGGAAAAAAACGAGAUUAAAUCAUGACGUCAGUGAUCAUCAGGUUGGAGUUCUAGAACGGUGGUUCCCAACCAGGGUUACUUGGAGCCCUGGGGGUACUUGAGAUGAGAACAUAGGCCUACUGGUAAAAUGCACGUGAGGGUGUACAUAAGGGGUACUCCAGGCAGAGCAAAAUUCUGUUGAAAAAGUUUGGGAACCACUGGAAAGAGGCCCAAGUUCCUGACUUGGAAUUCCGAGUUGGAUGACCAGUCAAAAUAUUUUACCCAGUUGUUUUGAACGCAGCAAACAAUAUAGCUUCAAAAUGCUGGCAUGUCAGACUGUCAAUCCUUGCAGCCAUAGAUCUGUCAAUGAAUUUGAGAGUGGUUUCCCCAGCCCCAUGCCUCAGGUGACCAAACAAAGUGGCAAGAUCAGGCUAUUGAAAUGGCAGAUUGUGGCUAUUAAAUAAUAUGAUACAAUAAGGAAUUGUAUGCUGUAAAGAGCAAUGUGAAAUCAUGUACUUAUUUCAAUUGACUAUUUAACAAUGUAAAUUAACAUUUAUUUAAUUUCAGUUAAUCAUGUCACGCCAGCUACAUGCUCGCAGAAUCGAGGGAAUCGACAAAAAUAUAUGGUAAUUUUACAGAAUUAUCUCAUAUGUGCUUGCCACAUUUUAUAGCAUACAUUGUUGUUUAUCAAUUGUUCUGUACUGACAGGGUUGAUUUUACCCAGCUGGCUGCUGACUACAAGGCAGUGAAUCUAGGCCAGGGCUUUCCUGACUUCCCCCCUCCAAGCUACAUCCAAGAGGCCUUCUGCAAAGCAGUCAACGGAGGAUGCUCAAUGCAUCAGUACACACGCGCUUUCGUAAGAAAAACACACAAUUGUGUGUGUGUGUCACACACUUGAUUUUACCUGAGCACAUUUAUUGUGGUUGACGUUUCGAUAAAAUACCUUUUUUCAAGACAUGGUCUUUUUGUUUUGAAAAAGGUAUUGUACCGAAACGUCGAUCACAAUAAAUGCACAGAGGUAAAAUCGUGUGUGGGAUAUAUUUAUUUUAUUUAUAAUGUUGAUCUUUGGGGCAGUAACUCCCAGCACCACAAAUGAGAUCAUAUUGGUAGUGGGUGUGUUAACGCUUCUAUAGUGUGUACGUGCAUGCCAGUCAGGGCUAAAAUGUGUUUAUUUUGUUCUUCCCUAGGGCCAUCCCGCUCUUGUGUCGAUCCUGGCCAAGUUCUUUGGUAGAGUCGUGGGACAUGAGAUUGAUGCUUUUGAGGACAUCCUGGUCACUGUCGGAGCCUACCAGGCUCUCUUCUGCACCUUUCAAGCCCUGGUCGAUGAAGACGAUGAGGUAACAGUGACUAUGUCAACACCUAGACAAAGGGUGCAACUCAAUACUUCGUUUUUACUGUGCAUCUCAUAUCAGUCAGUCACUUCUGUCUUCUAGGUCAUCAUUAUUGAGCCUUUUUUCGACUGCUAUCAGCCAAUGGUGAAGAUGGCAAGAGGAAAGGCUGUCUAUGUGCCACUGAGGCCAGUGAGUAGUGUGUUUUUAGUGUGUGUUUUUACAGACAAUUAGAUUUUUUACAUACCUUUCAUGGCCCAUUUCCUUUGGUGGGACAGUAAGUGCUAGCCUAAAGCUCAUUGAGAACGUUUACAUGCACAUUAAUAAUUCAUUAUUAAACUGAUUAUGGCAGUAGGCAGAUUAUGCAAUAGUCCUGUAAACACCUUACUCUGCUUAUCUUAAUCAGUGUAAGGUCAAAAUUGAAGUAAGCAUAUGCCGAUUAAAACACCUGGUUUCUGAGCAAUCUUUAGAAUUAUUAAGACACGGAAACACCUUAAUCGGCGUUCCAGCAGUGUAUUUGAUCUGUGCAUGUGCUAACACCAGCUGAGUGAGCCUCCCUCUUUAGAGUGAGUGAAGUGAGUUUGGAACAAACUGAAUGUUUGGGUCUUAGAAGUAGUUUUGACAUACAAACUUUAUACACUGGAACAAAGGGGCCUAGCCCGAACCAUGAAAAACAGCCCCAGACCAUUAUUUCUCCUCCACCAAAUUUUACGAUUGGCACUAUGCAUUCGGGCAGGUAGCGUUCUCCUGGCAUCCACCAAACCCAGAUUCGUUCAUCGGACUGCCAGAUGGUGAAGCGUGAUUCAUCACUCCAGAGAACGCGUUUCAACUACUCUAGAGCCCAAUGGCGGCGAGCUUUACACCACUGCAGCCGGCGCUUGGCAUUGCGCAUGGUCAUCUUAGGAUUGUUAGGCUUGUGUGUGGCUGCUUGGCCAUGGAAACCCAUUUGAUGAAGCUCCCGAUGAACAGUUAUUGUGCUGACGUUGCUUCCAGAGGCAGUUUGGAACUCGGAAGUGAGUGUUGCAACCGAUGGCAGAAUAUUUUUUUACGCACCCUCGCGCUUCAGCACUCGGCGGUCCCAUUCUGUGAGCUUGUGUGGCCUACCACUUCAUGGCUGAGCCGUUGUUGCUUCUAGGCAUUUCCACUUUUACAAUAACAGCACUUACAGUUAACUGGGGCAGCUCUAGCAGGACAGAAAUCUGACAAACUGACUUGUAAGAAAGGUGGCAUCCGAUGACGGUGCCACAUUGAAAGUCACUGAGCUCUUCAGUACAGGCCAUUCUACUGCCAAUGUUUGUCUAUGGAGAUAGCAUGGCUGUGUGCUCGAUUUCUAUACACCUGUCAGCAACGGGUGGGGCUGAAAUAGCCUAAUCCACUUGGGUGGCCACAUACCUUUGGCCAUGUAGUGUAUGUCCGAACUCAGAAUCAAAUAUGCUUCCAAAAAAUAACAUGGUCGCUGUGGUAGAACGUUUAUUUUGAUUGCUGAUUUUCUGCAUUUAACAAAGUGCCAUCAGGUAGCCUGAUUUCAGAUGUGUCCAUGUAAACAUUUUAAUCAAACUAUUAUAUAAAUCUAUCUACAAUAAUCGCAUUAUUGUGUGCAUGUAACCAUACUCACUGAUUUAGAGAAAAGUCCAGAUAACAUAAAGCUGAGGCUGUGUUGUGUGGUCCUAGAGAGUGGAGGGGGGCAAGGCCCUGACUAGUGCAGACUGGCUCCUAUCGUCUGAGGAGUUGGCCAGUAAAUUCAACCCACGCACCAAAGCCGUCGUCAUCAACACUCCCAACAAUCCAUUAGGCAAGGUGAGACACCCCACUGUAUGGUGAGAUAGACUUGUUUCAAUGUUAUCCUUGGGCUAUCCAUCCAUUUCACAUUGCGGGUGACAUUCUCGUGGUGCAAAAGAGCACAGAUCUGUGCAAAAAUACCGUAAACCACGUUAUAAUCUGGCAGUGCAAUUUAAUUAGAAACUUCUGAGAUUUGUGCUCUUCUGCACCAUGAAAAUGGCACCCUACAUCACUGACUUUUCUCACCUCCCACAUCUCAUCUUUGUCACAUAGGUGUAUAAGAGGGAGGAGCUCCAGGUGAUUGCAGACCUGUGUAUAAGGCAUGAUGUGGUGUGUAUCAGUGACGAGGUGUACGAGUGGCUGACUUAUGAUGGUGCCAAGCAUGUGAAGAUAGGUGAGGUACAGUUGAUUCAAUAGAGACAAGUAGCACAGUUUCUAUAGCAUGAUGUAAUAACCAUGGUUGUAACAGUAUGGUAAUAAUGCCCUGAUACAACUAAAUCCGCUAAAUCUUAUUUUGACUGUGUUUUCAUUCAAGCCAGUCUUCCUGGGAUGUGGGAGCGGACUGUCACGAUAGGAAGCGGAGGAAAGAGCUUCAGUGCUACAGGGUGGAAGGUAGGUAAUCCACUGAAAUACUAUGAACACAAACUAUGAUAAAGUUUUGAGGCACAGUGUCAUAUACAAUCUAUGCAAUCCAUAUUGUGUGUAUUGAAUUGACUGAGACAUAUCUGAUCCAUAUUGUGUGUAUUGACUAAGACAUAUCUGAUCCAUAUUGUGUGUAUUGACUAAGACAUAUCUGAUCCAUAUUGUGUGUAUUGACUAAGACAUAUCUGAUCCAUUUUGUGCGUAUUGACUGAGACAUAUCUGAUCCAUAUUGUGUGUAUUGACUAAGACAUAUCUGAUCCAUGUUGGGUGUAUUGACUAAGACAUAUCUGAUCCAUAUUGUGUGUAUUGACUAAGACAUCUGAUCCGUAUUGUGUGUAUUGACUAAGACAUAUCUGAUCCAUAUUGUGUGUAUUGACUAAGACAUAUAUGAUCCAUAUUGUGUGUAUUGACUAAGACAUAUCUGAUCCAUUUUGUGCGUAUUGACUGAGACAUAUCUGAUCCAUAUUGUGUGUAUUGACUAAGACAUACAGUGGGGAAAAAAAGUAUUUAGUCAGCCACCAAUUGUGCAAGUUCUCCCACUUAAAAAGAUGAGAGAGGCCUGUAAUUUUCAUCAUAGGUAAACGUCAACUAUGACAGACAAAAUGAGAAAAAAAAAUCCAGAAAAUCACAUUGUAGGAUUUUUAAUGCAUUUAUUUGCAAAUUAUGGUGGAAAAUAAGUAUUUGGUCAAUAACAAAAGUUUCUCAAUACUUUGUUAUAUACCCUUUGUUGGCAAUGACACAGGUCAAACGUUUUCUGUAAGUCUUCACAAGGUUUUCACACACUGUUGCUGGUAUUUUGGCCCAUUCCUCCAUGCAGAUCUCCUCUAGAGCAGUGAUGUUUUGGGGCUGUCGCUGGGCAACACGGACUUUCAACUCCCUCCAAAGAUGUUCUAUGGGGUUGAGAUCUGGAGACUGGCUAGGCCACUCCAGGACCUUGAAAUGCUUCUUACAAAGCCACUCCUUCGUAUUCCGGGUGGUGUGUUUGGGAUCAUUGUCAUGCUGAAAGACCCAGCCACGUUUCAUCUUCAAUGCCCUUGCUGAUGGAAGGAGGUUUUCACUCAAAAUCUCACGAUACAUGGCCCCAUUCAUUCUUUCCUUUACACGGAUCAGUCGUCCUGGUCCCUUUGCAGAAAAACAGCCCCAAAGCAUGAUGUUUCCACCCCCAUGCUUCACAGUAGGUAUGGUGUUCUUUGGAUGCAACUUUGUCCUCCAAACACGACAAGUUGAGUUUUUACCAAAAAGUUCUAUUUUGGUUUCAUCUGACCAUAUGACAUUCUCCCAAUCCUCUUCUGGAUCAUCCAAAUGCACUCUAGCAAACUUCAGACGGGCCUGGACAUGUACUGGCUUAAGCAGGGGGAUACGUCUGCCACUGCAGGAUUUGAGUCCCUGGCAGCGUAGUGUGUUACUGAUGGUAGGCUUUGUUACUUUGGUCCCAGCUCUCUGCAGGUCAUUCACUAGGUCCCCCUGUGUGGUUCUGGGAUUUUUGCUCACCGUUCUUGUGAUCAUUUUGACCCCACGGGGUGAGAUCUUGCGUGGAGCCCCAGAUCGAGGGAGAUUAUCAGUAGUCUUGUAUGUCUUCCAUUUCCUAAUAAUUGCUCCCACAGUUGAUUUCUUCAAACCAAGCUGCUUACCUGUUGCAGAUUCAGUCUUCCCAGCCUGGUGCAGGUCUACAAUUUUGUUUCUGGUGUCCUUUGACAGCUCUUUGGUCUUGGCCAUAGUGGAGUUUGGAGUGUGACUGUUUGAGGUUGUGGACAGGUGUCUUUUAUACUGAUAACAAGUUCAAACAGGUGCCAUUAAUACAGGGAAUGAGUGGAGGACAGAGGAGCCUCUUAAUGAAUAAGUUACAGGUCUGUGAGAGCCAGAAAUCUUGCUUGUUUGUAGGUGACCAAAUACUUAUUUUCCACCAUAAUUUGCAAAUAAAUUCAUUAAAAAUCCUACAAUGUGAUUUUUGGGAUUUUUCUUUUCUCAAUUUGUCUGUCAUAGUUGACGUGUACCUAUGAUGAAAAUUACAGGCCUCUCUCAUCUUUUUAAGUGGGAGAACUUGCACAGUUGGUGGCUGACUAAAUACUUUUUUUCCCCACUGUAUCUGAUCCAUGUUGGGUGUAUUGACUAAGACAUAUCUGAUCCAUGUUGGGUGUAUUGACUAAGACAUCUGAUCCGUAUUGUGUGUAUUGACUAAGACAUAUAUGAUCCAUAUUGUGCGUAUUGACUAAGACAUAUCUGAUCCAUAUUGUGCGUAUUGACUAAGACAUAUCUGAUCCAUAUUGGGUGUAAUGAAAUGAUGCUUGUGUUUCAGGUUGGCUGGGCUAUUGGAGCAGGGCACAUUCUAAAGCACCUGAAGACCGUCCAUCAGAACUCUGUGUACCACUGUGCCACUGCCGCUCAGGUUAACAAUUGAUUUAUGAUGCUUUCUAAACCACUACUGUUGGUGUAUAAAGACAUAUGACCUCACCCUUACUCUAACUUUCUGACUUAUUUACUCUACUUACUCUUGCCUAUUGAAUGAGGAAGGUGAGCAUGCUGUAUGUCUUGCCCACAACUUUUAAAUUGACUACAGUUGUCUUUAAAUUCAGUCUGUCUGAAUCUUAUCUGAAAUUGAAUCGUUGUUUUACCUCUGAAAGUUAACAUUCUCCAGCUCAUGCUUUGGGUGGGUCGUUCACACUUGCACCAUCUCAGGAGGCGGUGGCCCAAGGUUUCCAGAGAGAGUACGAGCAGUUUGGGACGCCAGAGAGCUACUUCCUGCAGCUGCCUGAGAGGCUGCAUCACAAGAGGAAGAAGCUGGCCACCUGUCUGGAGAGUGUUGGCCUGCAGCCCAUUCUGCCUGAGGGAGGCUACUUCAUGAUCGCAGACAUCUCCUCUCUCAGUGAGUAUUAGUGUACCAGUAAAGUGUGUUUGCUUGUAUCUGGUUGUGUUACAAUGUCGUUUAUCUGUUUGUGAGUGUUGCAAUGUGUGUUUUUCACGGAUCCGUUUGUGUGACUGUAACAAUGUUUCAGCUUCUUCAUCAAAUUUGUCUUGCUUAAUAUGGGCAUAUGAAGUAAUGGAUGAAUGUUGCUUGAUAUUUCAUAACUGUUUUUGUCUGGAUGUUAUGGUUUUUUCCAAAGAGGUUGACUUGAAUGAUCCAAGCACUCAGGGUGAAGCUCAUGACUACAGAUUUGUCAAGUGGCUCAUUAAAGAGAAGGUAAUAAGAGGGGAGAGGUUUAGGUUGAACUAAAUAUUGAACACAUGUUGACAUGAUAUGGAUGAUGCAUAAUGUAAUCCUGACCUAUGUGUUCUUCAUAAUGCAGGGUUUGGCCACUAUCCCUGUCUCGGCUUUCUACAGCCCUGAGCACCGCAAGGACUUUGAAAACUACGUUCGGUUCUGCUUCGUCAAGGAGGACUCGACGUUGAACGCUGCCGAGGAUAUCCUCAGAAAGUGGAGGGAUGGAAAAUGAAGAAAGCACACAGACAACCCUUCCUGUUUUGCCUUUAUCCAGCCUAGCUCAAAUCAGGUGUUCUCAGUUGAACCGAGCCAUAUUCAGCACCUAUGGAUUUAUUUACACUGUAGCACUGUAGGAAUAGACCUCCAUAGGAGCAAGUUAUAAGGGAUGUUUUCCUUUGUCAAUGUACGCUGAGUGUACAAAACA